AUGGUCUUCUUCGUCGCGCUGGCCGUCGUGGAGGGCCCGCUGGCUGUCCCCACCUUCGUGGGCGUCUCGCUGGCGCUCUGCCUUGUGGUGCUGCCGCCCGUCCCGGACGGGAAGGCCGCGACCGAGGACGACGCGGGUCCCGCCGCCGCCGACGCUGCGGGCGACCCCGCCGCGGAUGCCCCGAGCAGCCCCGAGGCCGACGGGGGCCCCGCCAGCGACGGCGAGGCGGCGGAGGAGGCGGCGCCGCGGCCAGCGGACCGGGGCGCCCUGCUCCAGUCGUUCAUGAUGGCCGCCCUGUCGCAGCCGCUGCCCCCGCCGGAGCGGGAAGGCGCAGCCGACGGCGGCGACGAGGGCGAGAGCGAGGAGGAGAGCCCGGCGGCGCUCCAGCGGAGGAGGACGACGGGGCCCCCCCCGAGGCGCCCGGGGGACCGGCCGCGCCGCCCGACAUCGUGAAGGCCUGCCUGGCCACCGCGCUCGGCGGCGCUGGCGCCUCGGGUGGCAGGGGCGUCCACGACGACACGGCGCUGCUGCAGAAGG